CUGCUGUCAGUGCUGUCAAACAAAAGACACUUUCUCAAAAGUUAGGAUAUAUUUCAAGCAGAAAUAAUUAAGUAUACACAAUCAAUAAAAAGUAUUGAAAUAGUAUUUAAAAAUGUCGAAAAGGCUUCUCACUGCUCUGGAUUACCCCCAAGCAGACAAUCUGAACUUGAAUGAUGAGAAGACUUUUAGAACUGUGAUAGUAUGGUUGGAAGUCAACAAAAUCAGGAACGCCCCUCCUAACGUAGUGAAUUUUCUGAAGAAUACCAAUUCGAGGGAUUGGGACAGAGUGUACACUGAAUACAAGCAACAAAUAAGCUGUCCAGUUUUCGAAACGAAACUAGAAGAACUACAUUGGCUUCUUGGUUACGCAGUUCAGCUCGAAGCAAGGAGCAACAAGAGCAAGUAUUUGAAACAUGCUGUCGAGAACCUUCAGAAAACCAAUGUUCCUAGUGUGGUAGCAGAGAAUUCUCUGGAUAAAUUAGACUUUAGUAGCAAAGAGUUUACGGAUGGCAUCAAUGGUCUAGCCAAAAUUUUGAAAAUUGUACCCCACAGUGAUCCCUUUGUUACUCUGAGAGCGGUGAGGAAAGUAGUGACGAAAAGAAUGGCCCCUGACUGUGUUGCGAAUCCCCAAAAAUAUAUCCUAACUGGAACACCUUUUCCCAUUCAAGAAGCAGAUCUCGGUUUUGAUUUGGGAGAUCCGGUCUUGAACCAAGCAGCGAAAAUUCUGCGAAUGAUCUACAUUCAGGAUCUAAGGGAACUCCAAACGAGAGCUAACGAACUCAUCGUAGCCAUCCAGUGCAUUACUGCGAAUCCUAAAACUGAUACGAAGCUGGGGAAAGUCGGAUUCUAAAUCGGGAAACUAGACUGAAUAAAUAUAUAUGGAGGCAGAAACAUUGUGUGUGAAUCGAACUUUGAGUUUUAUAUUAAAUUGAGACGAAUAAGAAA